AUGUGGGCUGAGACGAAACUAAAAGUAGACGAAGUGGAAUCUGAAGGAACGUGCACAGUGCCCUCCUAUUCGUUUCCUCUCAACACGACAUCGCCUAACUAUUGUGCAGCCGGGUCCGAGGUCGAACCCCUCACCGAGUGCACGUACGACUGCGAUCAGACGGGGUAUAUUCUGGACGGCGAGGCCACGACGACGUGCUUGAUCGUCGGAACAUUCUCAUCGAACUCACCGACAUGCAGAGAUAUCGACAGCCCUACGAUCUCGUGCCAGGACAACAUCACGACGUCGACCGACCCAGGGUUGAACUACGCCACCGUGAUCAUCGCCGAUCCCGUUGUUGAGGAUAAUUCAGGGGACAUCAAACUGAACCUACCCGACUCCUACCGUGUCUUCAUCGGGGUGUCGGUCGUUCGCUUCGAGGCCGUGGAUGAUGGCGGGAAUAGUGCUGCAUGCUCUGUGUUUGUUACUGUCGAAGACACGGAGCCACCUAGCCUCUCCUGCUUAGGUACACUAAACGUCACCAACGAUCCAGGACUCAACUACGCAGUGGUUACCUGGGAUGACAUUGAGAUCGAAGAUAAUUCCGGACAGUUCGUCAGCAACGGUCCCAGCUACCCGUCGGGGACAAAGUUUCCCAUUGGACAGACCACAGUGCAAGUCUCUGCUUCCGACUUGAGUUCCAACAUCGGGACCUGCUCCUUCGUCGUCGUUGUUCGUGAUGUCGAACCUCCUACUCUCAUCUGUGCUGAGGACUUCACCACCCCCACCGAUCCCGGUGCCUUCUACGCUGACGUAAUGAUCACCCCACCCACUGUCCAAGACAACUCCAACCCUCUUAUAAACCAGAGCGAGGCAUACCCAGUCAGACUCGUUAUAGGGUCCUCUGCCAUCACUUUCAGUGCCAAGGAUGGCGCGGGCAACCUGGCCGAGUGUACUGUGGUUAUCACAGUCUUAGACGUGGAACCUCCAGAGCUGGUGUGCCCAGAUGACAUCGUUGUCAGUGCUCAACCCAACCAAGAUACGACAGCGGUGCUGUGGGUGGAACCCACCGCGACAGAUAACUCUCAGAACCCCGUCUCCACACCAAUCGGCGACUUCCCCUCCGGGUCGGUCUUCUCGAUCGGCACGACACCUGUGACGUUCACGGCCUCUGAUGUCUACGGGAAUAUCGGGAGCUGCAUCCUACAGGUGACCGUCCUUGAUUUUGACGAGUGUGAGACUGUGUUUAAUCAGUGCAAUGGGAAUGCCGAAUGUACCAAUACUCCAGGGGGCUACACGUGCCAGUGUAAUGCUGGUUAUAGCGGUGACGGGUUCACCUGCCUAGAAAUCGAUGAAUGUACAACGAACGAUCACAACUGCGACUCCAAUGCUGACUGCGUCAACACAGACGGUAGUUUUGAAUGUCAGUGCAUGGACGGCUACUUGGGUGAUGGAUUUACAUGCCAAGAUAUCAAUGAAUGUGACUUGGACCUAUCAGAUUGUCAUCCACUAGCUGAAUGUAAUAAUACAAUAGGGUCGUAUACAUGUACCUGUGUGUCAGGGUAUACAGGAAAUGGGAUACAGUGCACAAAUAUUGACGAAUGUACCACAGGCGACCACGGGUGCGACAUCAAUGCGGACUGCGUCGACUCUGAUGGGGCGUUUGAAUGUCAGUGUCGAGAUGGUUAUACGGGAAAUGGAGUGACUUGUACAGAUAUCAAUGAAUGUGACUUGGACCUAUCAGAAUGCCAUCCACUAGCUGAAUGUAAUAAUACAAUAGGAUCGUAUACAUGUACUUGUGUGUCAGGGUAUACUGGAAAUGGGAUACAGUGCACAAAUAUUGACGAAUGUACCACGGGCGAUCACUUGUGCGACAUCAAUGCGGAUUGCGUCGACUCUGCUGGGGCGUUUGAAUGUCAGUGUCGAGAUGGUUAUACGGGAAAUGGAACAACGUGUACAGAUAUCAACGAAUGUACUUCAGGUGAUUCUAACUGUGAUGAGAAUGCAGAAUGUACAAACGCCGAUGGUUCGUUCGUAUGUCAGUGUGUAACAGGAUUCUCAGGCGAUGGGACUACAUGCGAUGAUAUUGACGAAUGCAGUUUAGUUCAAGAUAUAUGUGAUGAGAAUGCCGAGUGUACAAACACAGACGGCUCGUUUGUCUGUGAAUGCCUAACAGGAUUCACAGGCGAUGUGACUACAUGCGACGAUAAUAAUGAGUGCAAUUCAGACGAGCAUAAUUGCGAUGAUAAUGCAGAGUGUUUUAACAUCGAUGGUUCAUUCAUCUGCGAAUGCUUACCAGGGUUCUCAGGAAAUGGGAUACAAUGUGAAGAUGUUGAUGAAUGUUCAUCAGCGGAGGAUGAUUGUGAUGAGAAUGCAGAAUGUAUAAACACAGAUGGGUCAUUCAUAUGCGAAUGUCUUCCAGGAUAUUCUGGCAAUGGAACUACUUGUGGAGUUUUCGACAUCUGCGAAACCCUCACUCCAUGCCCCAGCGUUGCCGAGUGCAUCAACGAGAUCGACAGCUAUACAUGUCAAUGUCGUUCUGGUUACGAGACCGUCACAUUGUCGACCGGCGUUGACGGCUCGGUCGUGUGUGCUGAUGUCGAUGAAUGCAGCGCGUCGAUCACGCCAUGCGAUGUCAAUGCUGUCUGUAUAAACACGGUUGGGAGCUACGAGUGCGUAUGUGGUGACGGGUACGCCGGAGAUGGCAUUUCAUGCGAAGCUGUUGACCCUUGUCUCUCGUCGCCAUGCCAGAACGGAGGGGUUUGUACUUCAGGAGACAAUUCAUAUCAGUGUGAAUGCCCAUCAGACUUUACUGGAAUCAAUUGCAAUACGAAGGUGGUUCAAAAUGAACCCAUAGAGGUGAUAGAGCACCCAUCAUCCCAGGAGAUUGAAUACGGCGACAGCAUUAGCCUAUCGUGUGCCUUCCAGAACGCUGAGAGCUUCACGUGGAAAAAGUCCGAGCAACUCCUCUUAGACAGUACUGACCGGUCGCCACUUGUCAUCUCCCCUGCCCUUCCCCGGGACCAAGGUUACUACUCCUGCAUAGGUUACGGAGAAGAUGGGGAAGAGUUGGAGACUGAUGCAGCCUUGGUAACAAUGACAGGUGUAACAAAUUACAUAGUUACCGCAUCAUUUGACCUCACAUAUGAAGACAGCUUAGCAGAUCCUAACUCUGAUCUUUUCGUCCAAACGGCAGCAACAAUUCAGAAUUUUGUGAAUAUAGGUCUUCAGAACACUGCCGGAUUUUCUUCACCACCAGAGGCAAAGGUUAAUGCAUUAACUUCCGGUAGUGUCAUCGCCGAGAUAGUCAUCUUUGUGACAAACGGAACAGCCGAUGAGGUCGGGCAGCUGUCACUGGUGGAGACAGCAUUGCUAUCACAAGCCGAGAGUUCAGAUGGGUUUAUGGAUCCAAGCUCAGUGUCCGUAAUGAGUACAGUAACGUGUCCUUUUCUCACCUGGAUGUCUCCAUAUGGUGCUGUCAACUUUAUAACGGGUCCCGUCGACUCCGAAGCUCUCUCCACUGGAUUGUGUCCUUCAUAUAAAUUAAAUCAUGGCCAGCCGAUUGGUAGGGCUCUUUGUGUAGGAGAUGGAUUGUCACCGAGCUACUGGGAUCCUGCGGAUAACUGUGGAAGAAACCUGACAGCCGACGAACAACUUAUUCUGCUAGAAGAGACUCCAGUAACGAUCGAUAACGUUGCCGACAUCGCCGAAUCUACCUCUGAGUUGACGUCAAGUAGCGAGUCAUUGACGUCCGAUGGAGUCGCUUCUGUAUCAAGGUUGCUUGAAGACAUUGCUGAAGCAAGAUCACCAGAACCGGCGGUAUGUGGUUUUGUGAUAGAAACAGUGCAGAAUAUUUUGAGCGCUUCACCAGACGAGCUUGCCGGUGCCCAGACUGAGAGCGGAGCGACCAGUCGUGCUGUAGCCUCCCUAGAGGAACAGCUCUUCAUUGUAGAUAUCUCCGCUUCAAAUGGUACAUACAGGAGAGUCGAAGAAAAUUUAGCUGUUGAGGUGGUUGAACUGUCUCCCGAAAUACUUCGAUCUGGCCUAUCCGCCUCCCUUACUGUCAGCGGGGGAUCUGACAAAAUAGCCGCAGACGACUUCAAACUUCUCGUCGGAGAAGAAACCGAUGUCGAUGACGAGCCCGAUGCGCUCAUCGAUCUCCCAUCCGAAAUAGGCGACGUCAUCUCUGCCGGUGACAAUGUAAGGUGUUCGUUUACCACAUUCGCUGAUCCCGCGUUGUUCCAAUCGCCGAGUCUGGCCGUGAAUGAGAAUAGUACGGGUCCAUAUAGGACUGCGAACUCACCGGUUAUCUCAGCAACUGUUGGCGGAUCAGUCAUUAACGGUUUAACUGAACCGGUUGUUGUCUCGUUCAAACCGCUCAACCCGAACGCUACCAAUGCAACCUGUGUAUUCUGGGAUUUUGAAGCGAAUAACGGGACUGGUGAUUGGUCAACAGAAGGCUGCCGUCUGAGCAAUACAAGCACUGAUUCUAGACCAGUAUGCCAAUGCGACCAUCUUACUAACUUUGCCGUCCUUAUGGAUAUUUACGGUGGGUCUACAUUGUCUGACAGAGAGGAUUUCAUAUUGGAGAUUCUCAGCUAUGUUGGCUGCUCUAUGUCUGUUUUUGGACUCGUCAUCACCAUGAUAACGUACCUGAGUAAUAGAAAAUUCCGCAUGAAGAAUCCCAACCAGAUCCUGCUGUGUCUCUGUUUCUCCUUGCUCGGUCUGUAUGUCACGUUCUUGACCAUGAUCGCUCUCGACGCCGAACGAGGCGUGGUCGAAGUCAGUGUCAUUCCUUGUAGCAUAGUGGCAGGGUUAUUACAUUUCUUCACACUCUCUUCGCUUGCCUGGAUGUGCGUCGAGGGAUUCAACAUGUACCUUAUGUUCGUGCGGGUCGUGGAUAGUUACGUUUCAAAUUUCAUCCUCAAGGCAUCGUUUUGUGCGUGGGGUCUACCUGCCGUGGUGGUGUUUAUUACAGCAGGGGUCACAAGGGAUACAUACGCACAGACAGACUUUUGUUUUGUUAGUCUCUGGCCCCAGGUUGGUGGUCUUUUGAUACCAAUCGGUCUCAUUCUCCUCUUCAACGUCGUCGUCUUCGCGCUGGUAAUGAAACGACUCACCAAGACAGUCAGAGGUAAACAACAGAACGAGAAGGCAGAGCGACGUCAACGAAUACGACGAUUCCAAAACGCCAUAAGCAUCCUCCUCCUCAUGGGACUAACAUGGUCGGUGGGCUAUCUGUCGUUGAUCCAAGCAACCAGCGUGGUCGUCCAGGGAAUCUUCACCGUGCUCAACUCCCUACAGGGUUAUUUCAUUUUCAUGCUCUACUGCGUACGUCAACCUCAGGUUCGACGUCAGUGGCGAGCACAAUUCAGCUGCUGUCUGCCCGAGUCCCUGCGGGUCUCGCUCGAUUCUUCGACGUCGCGGUUCUCGUCGACUGUGAACACGCGGACGACCACGACGUGGAAACCAAACAACCAACCCUCCAAGAAAGGUGUGAAUACGGUCUCCAAGUUCAAUCCGAACUCGGUACCGACGUCGACGACGGAAAAUCUAGGCAGUCGGAUGUACAAUGAUAGGAUCUAACCUCGAUAUAAUACGCAGUCGAGCGAUAAAUGCGCAGUAUUUUAAGAAUGUGCUUUUGGAUGACGAAAUUACAUAUAAUGCAUUACACGCGAUUACCAACAAAUCUGACAAUCAAGAAAUGAAUGUUUGUUAUCAUUUGAUUAUUUGAUCAUCCAAAUGGAUGGUAUAUCUUACAAAGCUCAAUAUUCAUGCUAAAAUGUAUUUACCAUAAUAAUCUAAGGCUAUUAUAAAAAAGUGAAGUGAUUAUUGUGCAUAUUGCGUGGGAGAAUUAUUUCAACAAAAUGCAUCGAAAUAGGCAUAUCUACUUAACAAAAGUCAAUCAUUAAAAAAAUAAAUUUUAACCAAAAGAUAUGUUCUUUUGCUCUCUCUCUCUCUCUUAAAAAUAAUUUAAUUUCUUUCCUUACGCAAUAUGUUUGUUUGAAAAAAUAAGACGUAUGUUAUUUACCUGAGCUCUUUCGAAACCACACAAGGGCAGUGAGUAGGUUAAAAUGUUUUAUUAUUUUUCAUAAACUUAUCACAUUUUUUUGUGAAUCAUUUUUCCUUCCAGCUGUAUGAAAUUAUAAUUGUUUUGAGGAUUUAAUAAUUUACCUAUUGGUAUAAUAAAAAUUCCUAAAAGAUUAGGUGAAAAUGCCAACACUAUGAAAGGGUAAUUUUAAGUUCAAUGCUGAUGUUGGUUUUUGUGUUGAAAGCACAAACCUGAUUAGAGUUACAAACAUUUAUUUGAUAGCUCAACAACUAGAAUUUUCCCACCACCAGUUGCGUGUUGUUGUUGUGUUGAUGUAAAAAUCGGUCCAACACCAACACUAAAAGGUCUAAAAAGGAUAUGAAAUCAUCCAAGUGUCAACAUCAGUUACAGUAGUGCCUAAUUGUUCUUCCUCUAUGAUGAUCUCCUACUACAUACUAAAGGCUAAGGAAGGGGAAAAACGCGAUAACACGAAACAGAAUAGGUUCGAGAUGAAAGCACAUUGUGUUUAGAACCAAGUCUGUAUACCUGAGAGAAAAAAAGAAAACCGUGUCUUUACUGCCCAACUCAAUCAUGUGAUAUUUUCGCUUUGAUUAAGAUCUGGAACGGAGCAUUGUUUUGGCAGAACGUUUUACAGUAUUUUUUUAGUAUUCAUGAUCGAAAUCUGUUCCUGGCGAUUUUUAGCUUGCGAGGCAGAUAAGCAAUGUUGUAUAGAGUGGAUUCUCCAUUAAUCUACAUUCAUAAGAAUAUUAACAUAGGUAUCUUGUUGCUAUCUUGUUGGUAUCAAGUUCUAGGAAAUCAACACAGUCUGUGUUGAUUUCCUAGAACUACACAGAUUUGAAAUAAACAUACGUAGAUAGGAAAUAAAAACGUAGCUUUGAAUAUUCUAGUUCACUAGAAUCUUAUUAGGUUACUUUAAAAUUAAGUUUUGUUUUCAACUGAUGAAUUUCUCAAUGAAACAAUUAAAAUGAUUCAAUUUCUCAGCAUUAUAUAGCCCGAGUUCGGUGUACAAUCAUUUUUUAUUGAUAUAUCAAAUAUAUCUUAUAAUAACAUCUCAAAUCUGUAUCAUAAAAACAUUAUUUUUAAAGAUUUAUCUCUAUGAAAUAGUUUUGAAUAAAAAAUUAUUUCUAAAUUUAGUAAAUUUAUUAGGAUGAGUGUUGUCAUUAUUUAAAAUGAAUAUAUUUUCAAUAAUGUAUAUUUUUGAGAAUGUUAAUCACAUGACCUUUAUUAUUUGAGGAUGUAGCUGGUACUCUUCCUCGUAGUAUUAGUAUUUAAAUUAAGUGUUUAAUGAUUGAAAUCAAAGUAUUUAUUAGAGAGGUACUGCAGGCUGAAAAUAGUAUGAUUUUAACAGAUAAACAGACUAAAUCCAACAAACAAGACAUUCAAAAUAAAAUCGGACAAGGAAUAACAAAGUUAUGACAUUGUAAAGUUUUGCAAUAUAUCGGUGAAACGGUUCUAUGCAUGUCUCAUGAAUAUUCAAUGAGCAAGCUGAUGAUGGCAUAUCCCAUCUUAUUCUUUCGUAACGUUUUAUAUGAAGUUAUAUUUAUUAUUCAAAUUUUGUCCUCCAAGAUUAAAAAAAAAUGAUUUGACUAUUGACUGACUGUAUAAGGUAAUCACUGCGGCAACCUAUUUUUUGUUAAAAGGGAGACAUUACCAUAAACACAUGUAUGAAAAUAAUAUUAUGAAAUAAUUAUGAUUUCAUGUAAUAAAUUAAGGAAACGGGAAAUUAGGGAUGUGACAUCAUCAGCCAACCUAUUACAUAAUCAUGACGGCGUGCAUAUCACUUUGUCACAAAAUAUUGCUAAACUUAAAAUUGCAAAAACUUCGCUAUUUGUUAUCAAAUUUUGAUGAAAAUUUCAGUUGUUUGCUCAAUGAAUUUUGAUCUAUUAAGAUAAUUAUUUUCAUCCCGGAGCCACGUAUUAUUUUUAGCUCAUUUAUCAGUUUACGCUGAUGUCAGUAUUCAAGAGAGGUGCUCAUACCUUGGGUGAGGUUAAUUGAAACAUAUUGAAUUGUAGAGAAAACCAGACAAACAUAAAACUGAAAAUGUCACCAAAACUGUGUGGUAAAGUAAAAAAAUGUUACAGCCUUUUAAAGUUUCAUUAAAUACAAAAAGAGUUACUAUGUAUUUAACAAUGGUGAUGUGCAAAAUUGUUAAAAUCAAGUUAUAAGCUCACUCUUUUAUUAUGCAAACAUAUUUCAACAAUAUUUCAAUAAAUUUACCCUUUAGUCAACUUCAUUCAAAACAAAUAUCAACACUAAAGUUUCAAGUAAAUAACACCGUUCAAAUAUUUAUAUAUGUUUGAACAUGCUCCAUUUAAAUGUAAAGUAUUUUCUUUUCUCCUUUAUGAUCUCAUAAAUGUAACAUUCAUCUGAAUAGUACGUCUGUAUUACCUUCUGUAUUUUCGUAAAUAUCAGGCAAAAUCUUGUUCAGUAUCGAGAAUGAUAUUGCUCUUUUACUACAGAACGAAUUCAAUUCAAAUCACUAUUUCGCUUUUCUUUGUUUUCUUAUAUUAUGCAGAGUAAACUUAAGAGUAAACAUACGAUAAGUUAUUCGCUUGUCUACUUUACUCCAGAUAUUUCUACUUAAUGUACACAAAGUAAAAAGUAGUGUUCAAGUUUUUUCUUUACAGCAUAAUGUAUACAGAAAUAGAUAUUGUUGAUCUUUAACUUUUAAUAGCAAAAUGUCAUUCAUAUAGACAAUCGUGUUGAAAGCUUGGAAAUAUUUUAACCUAAUAUCAAAUGUGAAUCGAAAAUUCAUCCUAUUAGAAUCGAAUAUUUUAGUAUAACAUAAAAUAUGGUUUGAUUUUUAACAUAGUGACAUUGCCGUUAAAAGAACUUAUCAUGAUUUAUUCAAGUGAUACUUGAUAAAUCAAAGUAAAACAAAUUUAAAAUAAUUAUUGAUAACAUUUAUUUAAGUAAGAAAGAAAUAGUAAGUAACAUCAUUAGCUUUUCCAUUGGCAUACCCCCACGAAGUGAAUAUGAGGGUUAUUUAAUUUGUGAAAUGAAAUAAAAUUUCGCAAUUUCACAAUCUUUUUUUAUAGAGUAUUAAUCCGAUUUAGUAAAAUUUUAAGUAUUGUGGUUUGUUUGUGCUUUUUAAUUGAGAUAUCCAUGGAUUUUCAACUUUAAUACUAAAAUUGAGUUCUCUGCUUUUUUUACAACUUUGUUUUAUUAAUACACCCUAUCAAUAUGUUAAAUCAGUUUGUCAAAUUCAAAUACAAAUAAAUUAUAAUUGUAUCUGUAUGUAAUUGUUUUGUAAUUUCCAAUGACAAGUUUUAAUCCAUUGGAGUGAUACUCUGUAUCAUAAAUAGGCAAUAGAAAAUUAAUUUAUUGAAAAUAAAUAGAAAUAUGU